AUCACCUACGGGGUUUAGAUUCAUGGGCCCAUCUUCAGUAAUCCUGGGAGUCAACCAGUGAAUGUGCAUUUUAACAAGGGCCCUAGUCAGUGGUGUUCUAAGUGUGGUCCUCAGAUUAGCAACACCAUUACAACCUGGGAACUUGUUAGGAAUGCAAAUUCUAGGACAGGACCCCAGACCUACUGAAUCUGAAACUCGGGGGUUGGGCACAGUCACUUGUGUUUUAGGAAGCCCUCUCUGUUGCAUGCUCAAGUUUGAGAACACCUGGUUUAAAUUAUUCUGCCCCUCGAAUUUAAGAUCUCCGGAUUUGGAUCGUGUCUUCACUUCAGCUUCUGGACUCCUUCUCUACUUGCACAUGCCAGAAACACCCACAGGGAACAAAGCAUCGCCCCAAAAGGCCUCUCUGUAGGGCAUGUGUAUCCAACAAGAGAGCCUGAGUAUGAAUCCUUGUUGAAUUUGGUCAUUUACAUGAGCGCCCACUCCCGCUUGAUCUGGCCAGGCAGUGGUCCCUGAGGAGGCCGACUUGAAGCCCAGGCCCUAGGCCGUGUCACCUCGGAGAGAGGUAAUGUAGUGCGUCGGCUUUUCGUAAAGUACUUGGCCGGCGUCCCGCCCCGCGCUCCUGCGUAAACACGCGGUUCCCUCGGCAACGCCUGAAACCCACGUCAAAGGUUCUGCCAGGUCUUGGGCGACAGCCAUCCCUCCGGCGGUGCCCGACUCCUGGCAGCGGCCUCUCUCCCCGGCCCGGAGCCACCUCCGGCUUGCGGCCGCCUCCCCUAGUGCGGGAUGAGCAGACCCGCGGCCGCCGCCGGGCCGCCCGCCAGUGACCAUGGCCUUGUCGGGCAGCCCACACCCCGGCGCCCCCUCCCCGGCAGGCACACCUGGCGGGACUUCCUCCGAGGUGACCGGGGCAGCAGGGCUAUCCUUCAGCACCGUGGCUACCGCGGCGGCCGCGGUGCUGGGGAACCAGAGCGACGGGAGCGGAGGCGACAGCGCUGGCGCCUCGGCAGGCGGCGGCCUGGGCCCGCACGGGGCGACCGGGGCAGCGGGGAGGCCGCCGCAGGGCCCCGCGGCGGCGCCGCUGCUGCCGCACGGGGCGGCGGUGGCGGCCCAGGCGCUCGUCCUCCUGCUCAUCUUCCUGCUGUCUAGCCUGGGCAACUGCGCGGUGAUGGGGGUGAUUGUGAAGCACCGGCAGCUGCGCACCGUUACCAACGCCUUCAUUCUGUCCCUGUCCCUGUCGGACCUGCUCACGGCGCUGCUCUGCCUGCCCGCCGCCUUCCUGGACCUCUUCACGCCUCCCGGGGACCUGCCGCCCGCCGCCGCCGCGGGACCCUGGCGCGGCUUCUGCGCCGCCAGCCGCUUCUUCAGCUCGUGCUUCGGCAUCGUGUCCACACUCAGCGUGGCCCUGAUCUCGCUGGACCGCUACUGCGCCAUCGUGCGGCCUCCCCGGGAGAAGAUCGGUCGCCGCCGCGCGCUGCAGCUGCUGGCCGGAGCGUGGCUGGCAGCCCUGGGCUUUUCCUUGCCCUGGGAGCUGCUUCGCGCACCCCGGGAGCCCCGGGCGGCGCAGAGCUUCCAUGGCUGCCUGUACCGGACGUCCCCGGACCCCACGCAGCUGGGUGCGGCCUACAGCGUGGGGCUGGUCAUGGCCUGCUACCUACUGCCCUUCCUGCUCAUGUGCUUCUGUCACUACCACAUCUGCAAGGCCGUGCGCCUGGCGGACGUGCGCGUGCGGCCCUUGACCACCUACGCGCGCGUGCUGCGCUUCUUCAGCGAGGUGCGCACCGCCACCACCGUGCUCAUCAUGAUUGUCUUCGUCAUCGUCUGCUGGGGGCCCUACUGCUUCCUGGUGCUGCUGGCUGCCGCCCGGCAGGCCCAGGCCACGCAGGCCCCCUCGCUCCUCAAUGUGGUGGCUGUCUGGCUGACCUGGGCCAAUGGGGCCAUCAACCCUGUCAUCUAUGCCAUUCGCAAUCCCAACAUUUCGAUGCUCCUGGGACGCAACCGGGAAGAGGGUUACCGGACUAGAAAUGUGGACAGUUUCCUGCCCAACCAGGACCCGGGCCUGCAAGCCAGAACACGCAAUCGCCUUCGAAACCGCUAUGCCAACAGGUUGGGGGCCUGCAGCAGGAUGUCCUCUUCCAAUCCGACCAGCGGGGUAGGAGGGGAUGUGGCCUUGUGGGCUCGCAAAAAUCCAGUUGUACUUUUCUUCCGGGAAGGGCCACCUGAGCCUGUGAUAGCAGUGGCUAAACAACCUAAAUCUGAAGCCGGGGAUACCAGCCUCUAAGAAGGGUUGGGAUGCAGAGCUUGUGAAGGCAAAUUUUUUUAACUGCUUCGUUUAAUGAUACAGGAUUCUGGGGGAGAAUCGUGCAUUUCAUAAAGCCAAACACUGAAAAAAGAGACAGGGGAAAGCUUACCACUUCCUCCAAACAACAUACAAGAAAAUGUCUCCUUCAAAAGUGCCAAAAGGAAUGUAAAAUGCAGAUUAAAACAAUCUUAAACCACACAACCAAGCAUUGUGAACUGUAAGUGCCAAAAAAAGACUAAAAUAAAAUUAACAAUUACUGAAAAGCUCAUAUUACAAGAAUCACACUGUGAAACAAACAAACAAAAAUCAUUGAAUGCAAUCGGUAUUUGUUCAAAUACAUAGAGUUUCAGGAAAGAACGGAGACCUUCAGAAUUGCUUGAAGUCCCCCCUAAGUCACCAGCAUUCAACAAAACUUCAGAUUUCUAGAACUUGCGCCUCUGAACUUGCACAUGUUUUGGGUGCUUAGGUUACGAGCGGAAAAUUCUUAUCCUUAACACACUUUGGUGCACUUCUUACACACCCCACCCCUCUGAAAUCUUUGUGGGAAAUUUUAAAUUCAUAUCCCAUUUAAAACCAUUUUAAGAUUUUGAAAAAGUGGUUUAUUACUACAAAAUUCAACCACCUGCAGUAUGAAAAUAAAGUAUUCCAAGAUUAUAAUUAAAAAUUAAUGUUCUUCCCUCAAAAUUAUUGGCUUUGGCAAACUUUGAGGCUUAACCCUUACUCUGACAUGCUAUUUUUGUUUCUAAUAAUUUGGGGGAUGCCACUCUCAGAAUGCUUUCACGUUUUUAAAAAAUAACUUUCAUAGUAGAAAAUCUUUGUCUUUUGAGGUCAAUUGAUUUUUGGAUGCUGCCAAAAAUGUAAUUUGAAGUCAAGUUGAUUGCAUCAGGACCAAGCACACCAGUCAUCCUUCUACAUGUCAGGCAGAAAGGGAACUGAGUGUGGAAGAAUAAAAAGUAAGGAACCAUUCUGAGGAAGCAGUGUGAUAAAGAGCUUAGAAAACUUUAGAACUCCUCAAAUAUGAAGAAUCAGGGAUAUUGUUGUAACGAGAAGGGCGCAGCUCAGAGUGGCCCAUGCGAGGAUUGAACCGGCA